AUGUCCUAUAUCCUCGUAUCACGCCUUCAAUGUCACAAGUUUUUACGUGCUUAUUUAGAUAUGGUGUGGUGUGCUCGUUUGAGCGGCAUUCAUGAGAACCCUCUACACUCCACGCUGGCAUUCUCACCAUCCAUUCACCCUUGUGCUGGGAAUGUUGAUCAGAGCCUAGCAUAUUGUUACGCCGUCCUCCUUCCCGAGCUCUACCACUCCAUCUGUGCUACUCGAGGCGUUAUUACUCCUCCCAUGCGUCUGGGCGACAAAUUCGAGGCUAAAGCCUCUGAGUAA